GGACCACAAUGAGCCGACUAGUCGCGCUUUGCAAAAAUGCAUCUCCAUGGACUUUAUCUUUUCUUAGGGUCUAUAAAUACUGCACCGCGCUACUUUCAUUUCUGAAUUGCUUCAUCAGAUAUUUCUUCAAUGAUUCACCAUCAGCAUUCGCUACGGCUUAAUUAAAGCAUUGCACUAUCGUUUACAACACCAACGCAAAAUGGAUCGCCUUCGAGAUCUUGAAGUCCCUUGGACGGACUCAAAUACCCCCACGCGCCGAAAUUCGGUCGAUUUAUCUAUUCCUUCGCCACCGGCUGAACACGACCCCAAGGCAUUUCUGAAUCAUCAUACAGCGAAGUCGGCAGCGAAAACUGAUCCCUCACAACUUGAGAAGGGCAGUCAAGAUGACAGUAUCGACGAAGAGCCUUCACAACAACAAUUGUCCCUCAGACAACGCUUGCAUCAUUUUACGUGGGCAUGGUUUACACUACCCAUGAGUGCAGGCGGUUUGGCAUUGCUCAUUCACGUACAGCCUCAUCAAUUCCCCGGUUUGAGAAUCAUCGGUACUGUGCUGUACAGCAUCAAUCUUCUCAUCUUUACGCUGUGCUGUGUUGGUAUGAUAUGUCGCUUCUUGUUCAACCCCGGCGACUUGACAAAAUCUGUCACGCAUCAUCGAGAGGCGUUCCUCUUCCCAACUUUCUUCCUGGCUAUUGCUUCGCUCAUCACCAGCACCCAGCGAUAUGUCAUUCCCAAAGACGACCCCUCAUAUGUUUGGGCAACUGAGACCAUCUUUUGGAUCUACGUCGUUGUCACAUUCAUCCUAGCUGUCUGGCAGUACUCGUACCUCUUUGCAGGACAUAGCUUCAACUUGCAAACAAUGAUGCCAGGUUGGUUGCUGCCUAUUUUCCCAGUCAUGUUGGCUGGCACUGUCGCAACUGUCAUCUUGGAUACACAGAGCCAUAUUAACCCUCUUCCGAUCAUCUUCGCUGGCCUGACAUGUCAAGGCCUGGGCUUCUGUGUCUCCAUGAUGAUGUACGCUCACAUGAUCGGUCGACUCAUGCAAUCCGGUCUUCCCAAUCGAGAACACCGAACUGGACUCUUCAUGAAUGUCGGCCCGCCAGCCUUUACAGCCUUGGCCCUUAUCGGAAUGGCCAAUGCACUCCCCAAGACCAUCUCUGGAGCUGACAACCUUGCUCUCAACGUCGACACCGUCCGCACAGUAGCUCUCCUCUGUGCAGUAUUUCUCUGGGCGCUGAGCAUGUGGUGGUUCCUUAUCGCUGUCGUCGCAGUCGUCUCAUCCCCACCAAAAUUCUUCCAUCUUGGCUGGUGGCCAAUGGUCUUCCCCAACACCGGCUUCACGCUUGCUACUGUCUCCAUUGGCAACGAGUUCAAGUGCGAAGGCAUUCUCUGGGCUGCGAGCGGCAUGACUAUUAUCCUUGUCAUCACAUUUCUAAUUGUCUUCUCAUUUAACAUGAGAGCUGUUUUUGUACGCGAUAUCAUGUAUCCCGGAAAGGACGAGGAUGCAGAUGAUCACUAGACAUUAUCUAGAGCUGGGAGUAAUGGUUUGGAUUGGUUUGUACUAUUAGAGAUACCACGGGAUACAGGCUUAGACAAAAGGACACAAAAGGGAUCCAGAGUAACAGCGCUCAUAGAUAGGAUCCCACCGGAAUUAGAAUAAUCAUCGUCAAUUAUCAUUCUUAACAUGUCAUUCAACUUGG